AUGGCUGCAGAUUCUUCCUCCUCCUCCAAAGAGACUGUCGCCGUCGUCUUCCUGGCAGAGGCCUCUCUCGCCGUCGGCCACGAAUUCUGCAAGAAGCUCACUGACUAUUCAACCUCUCUCAUCAAGCGCCUUCACGAUAACCACCUUCACGCCCAGUUCAAGAUCGCUUUCGUCUCCUAUGGUCCUUCUGAUACCGCCCCAUCACCCAUUCUGUGCAAGCGCUUCUUCUCAGACCGCCCAGCCUUCUUCAAGGAGAUGAUGGAGGACGUUUCCCAUUUUGGCAUCGGCUUGACAAAUUCUGGAGGAGGCAAGGGUAUGGCUGCCCUUGACGGGUUUGCAGCUACCCUAGAGUUGUUCGAUAUCCUCUUCAGCCUCGCCUUGCCAAGAGAUGGAUCAACUAGUUCACCGUUUAUUUCACACAUCAUUCAUGUCGCUGCAUCACCGCCGGAUUCGUCUCUCCAUCCUAUAUAUAAUGAUAAUGCCGCGCUCGACAACAUUGACUGGGAUUCACUCCCUCAUGAACUAAAAAAGGCGAGCUUUCUCAGAAACAUCAAUUACACUACCAUCAGCCUUGUGCCAGGUCUGUCACGAUUUCAGGAUCUCCACUCUGCAGUGGUAACCGGUGGCUCUGCUCCUUGGUUCACGGUGUACAGCCCGCAUGUAGUUCUUCUCGCUUCGUUCCCGCCUCCACUUCAAUCAAAAGCAACACCUCCAAAACGCGUUAAUGAACAACCUAUUGAACGUGCCCCAGAUCCCAAGCGACCUCGCAUUCAACCGAAUACAGAAUCGCCUAAGCCAGCUCCCAAAGCUCCGACCCCUUCAGUAUCGCAUAUUCCAACCGUUGCAUCUCAUACUCAACCUAUUCGCCCCGCACCACCACCACAACAACAUAAACCAGGGCCACCCCAGUUGCCUACCUUAUCUCCUGCUCAGGUUAGCCAGUUUAGCGAGAGGCUCAAGCAUGCGGCAACGGAGUUGUCGGCGCUCCAUAAUAGAUUCAAUACUGCUAAACUUGCUGGCGAUAUCAAGUUGGUAGAGGAGCUCACCAAAGAGAUGCGCGAAAAGUUUGAAAAUAAUGGAAAAAUUCUUAUAAUGUUCAAAAGUGUUAUUAACAGUAUCCAGAAUACGGUUCCUCAACAAUUAAUGAACCAGCUUACAGCGCAAGCACAAGCGUUUUACAAACUGCUUAUUGCUUCGCAACAGAUGAUUGGGCCAAAUACAACAGGCAAUCCUUUGUCUCCUGACAACAAUCACCCCACGCCAUCGAAUAUGCCUAUGCCACCGAGUGGAUCUAUGGCUCCGAAUGGUCCAAACCCACCUCCUCAAAUUCAGCACAUACGAUCCUUCAGCGAUACUAAUUUCCCCAUGAACCCAGCCGCUAUUCCCUCACCUCCCAACAAUAUGCCGCAGCAAAACGGGGGCAUCAACGCCCAGAUGCUCAAGAUGCUCGAACAAAACAGAGCCAGGCAGCAGCAACAACAACAGCAAGCGCAGGCGCAGGCACAGGCGCAACACCUACUACAAUCCCAACAGCUACAGCCGCCACCACCACCACAGGUUGGCGGAUUGCCUAAUCCCAUGCUUAGUGGCAACCCCAUGCAUAACAUCGCGCCGUCAAUCGCGAUGCCUAAUCGUCUGGCAGUGCCGCCGAAUAUGCCGUUGGCACCUGGGGCACCGAUGCUAAGUGCAGACGGCCAACAGCGCCAACCGGUUUGGCAAGGCCCUAUGCUCUGGAGCGGCGUGGGUGCUAUGGGUAAAAAAGCUAUGCAAACGUUGGUUGCUGCGUAUUUCAUGCAAGGAACUGAAUGUCAUGAACAUACAUGGCCUAUAGAGAUGGUUCUCGCUCCGACUCGAGAAAAUUUGGUGACAGAAGCAGAACUUCAAAUGUGGAUCCAUCGAUUUAAACCUGCGUUGUGCCAAAUAAUACCCCAGAACAAUGUAGCAGAUCCAGACCGCAACAAUACUAGCUAUAAACAACUGGUCUCCCUUUUAACAGAGCGGAAAAUUUAUGCUACCGUGGCAUGGACAACACCUACCGGUGGCCAGACGAAAAACGCGUUGCUGAUACCAGCGAACGGCAAGAUAAUCGGUGCCUUCUUCGCCUUGACUGGCCUCCCUGAUCUACCGAAGCCAAUGGCGAUGUUAUUAAAUGAGUUCAACAUUUCUCCAUCAGCGCUGCAACAGAUACAGACCUUGCCUGCCGAUCGUGUGCAAAACUAUUUGCUAAAUCAGUUGCGAAAUAGGAAUGUCUUUCUUAUGUUUUUGCGCGCAUAUCCACAGCAGCAGCAGCAGCAGCAGCAACAGCAACGACCUCCGCAACUACAGCCAAGUAAUAAUACUGGGUUCCCACCAAACAUGGUUGCAAACCAAAAUUUCAUGGCUGCAAUGCUGGCAGCUCAGCGCUCUCAGGCCGGACCUCCGUUAAACAUGAAUGCACCCCAACCUUCGGUACCAGCCUCGCUUGCUCGAUUUGGCAUGGGCAAUCAAAACAACUUCAGCGAUGAGAUCAUGCAGUCCUUUGUUCAGCGGUCAGGAGAUACCGGUAACAACAUGAACUUGCAGGGUUGA